GUUGUUCUCUGCAUUUUCUCUAUUUUUAGCUCAAUAUUUUUUGGUAGUCCAUGUGCGUGCAUUCGCUUCCUCGAACGAAACCCUUGUUUUCUGACCUGCUUCUUCUCAUUAUUAUUCUUCUUCUUCCUGUAGCCAAAACGACGCCGUCCCGCUUGGUUCUGCAGACAAACCCUAAAGAUUUGAAAACCAGAGAGAGAGAGAGAGAAAUUGGCAUUUGGCAUUGAUGGAUUGGUGAGUUGAAUCGAACAAGAAGAUCCAAGUGAGAGUGAUCGGUUUGACGCGGUGAUGGGUGCUGCGGGUUCCAAGCUCGAGAAGGCUCUCGGUGACCAAUUCCCUGAAGGUGAACGUUACUUCGGCCUCGAGAAUUUCGGCAACACUUGUUACUGCAACAGCGUUUUGCAGGCACUGUACUUCUGUGUCCCAUUUCGUGAACAAUUGUUAGAUUAUUAUGCAAAUAACAAAAGCAUGGCGGAUGCAGAGGAAAAUCUUUUAACUUGCCUAGCUGACUUAUUUUCACAGAUAAGUUCCCAAAAGAAGAAAACUGGUGUGAUUGCUCCCAAAAGAUUUGUACAGAGGUUGAAAAAACAAAAUGAACUCUUCCGCAGCUAUAUGCACCAGGAUGCCCAUGAAUUCUUGAACUUUUUGUUGAAUGAACUUGUCGACAUUUUGGAGAAAGAGGCCCAGUCUGCAAAAGAUGAUCAAGAUCCAUUACCGCCUUCUGAAAAGGUUGCAAAUGGGCCUAUAGCUGGUCCAGUUAAUGGCACCAAGAAAGAGCCUUUAGUUACUUGGGUUCAUAAAAACUUUCAGGGAAUACUCACCAAUGAGACAAGGUGCCUACAAUGCGAAACAGUGACUGCUAGGGAUGAAACCUUUUUUGACCUGAGCCUCGACAUUGAACAGAACAGUUCAAUUACAAGCUGUUUGAAAAACUUCAGUUCAACAGAGACAUUAAAUGCCGAAGAUAAAUUUUUUUGUGACAAAUGCUGCAGUUUGCAAGAAGCUCAGAAGAGGAUGAAGAUAAAGAAACCACCUCAAAUCUUGGUCAUCCAUCUAAAACGGUUUAAGUAUAUUGAACAGCUUGGCCGCUACAAGAAGUUAUCUUACCGGGUUGUCUUCCCCCUUGAGCUGAAGCUGAGUGAUACCGUUGAAGAUGCAGACAUUGAGUAUUCUCUGUUUGCAGUAGUUGUCCAUGUUGGUAGUGGCCCUAACCAUGGCCAUUAUGUUAGCCUUGUGAAAAGCCAUAACCACUGGUUAUUUUUUGACGACGAAAAUGUUGAGAUGAUAGAUGAGUCAGCCGUUCAGACAUUUUUUGGGUCAUCACAGGAAUAUUCCAGUAAUACAGACCAUGGUUACAUUUUGUUCUACGAGAGCACAGCCUCUGGUCACAAGAGUUAGAUGGAGGAGUUUU